UAUAUCUCAUGUCAUUAUUUGAAGUUUCUAUUCCAGUAUUUAGUUUUCAGUGACUUCUAAUGUGAGGCCUGUUCAGUGGCUGUUGACUUGAACUAUGCUAUCUGUAAAUGAAAACUCAGAUACACCCUCAGUUAUGACUGUCCAAAGGCCAAGGCAGUUUCGGAAGAUUAUGGAAAUUGUAUAAGAGCGGACAGUGUCCUUUCUUCUCAGAGAGAGUGUGUGUGUGUAGGUGUGCAUGGAUCUGAAGUAAAAGCAGCAAUGUCCGGAAAGUUUUUUGUUACAUUGCUGGCUCUGUGCUGCUCUGUCUCUGCUCAGUCUGUAGAGAACCAAGCCAAGGAUUUCCUUCGGCAGUUUGAUGAGGAGGCCAGUACUCGCAUGUACGAGUACUCACUUGCAUCAUGGGCCUACAACACCAACAUUACAAAGGAAAACUCAGACAAAUUGUCAGAACAGGGACAGAUUUGGGGCAAGUUCUACACCCAAAAGUCAGAAGAGGCUCAGAAAUUCCCCAUUCACCAAAUCAAGGAUCCUCAAAUCAAAUUACAACUCAUCACACUGCAAGACAAAGGUUCUGGUGCUCUGUCACAAGCUAAAGCUGAACACCUGAACAAGAUCAUGAGUGAGAUGAGUACAAUCUACAGCACAGCAACAGUGUGUCUGAUGGAUGACCCGCUAAACUGUCAGACGUUGGAGCCAGGCCUGGAACAUGUGAUGGCAAACAGCCGCAACUACUCGGAGCGUCUGCACGUGUGGGAAGGAUGGAGGAGACAAGUGGGCAAGAGAAUGAGGCCACUGUACGAGGACUAUGUGCAUCUGAAGAAUGAAGCUGCCAAACUGAAUGGGUUUGAGGACUAUGGAGCUUAUUGGAGAUAUAACUAUGAGACCGUUGAAGAGGAAAGUCCAUACAAUUACACAAGGGAUCAGCUCAUGGAGGAUGUACGCUCCAUCUACAAACAGAUCCUGCCCUUAUACAAGGAGCUGCAUGCCUAUGUGAGAGGAAAACUGAUGGAUGUCUACACAGGCCACAUCGAGGCUCAAGGACCGCUGCCAGCACAUCUCCUGGGAGACAUGUGGGGAAGAUUCUGGACCAACUUGUAUCCUCUGUCAAUCCCUUAUCCGGAGAAGCCUGAUAUUGACGUCAGCAAAACAAUGGUGGAAAAGGGCUGGAAUGAGCGCCGACUUUUUGACGAAGCAGAGAAGUUUUUUAUGUCGGUGGGACUGUAUAAAAUGUUUGACAACUUCUGGACCAACUCCAUGCUGGUGAAGCCGAAUGAUGGACGCAAGGUGGUCUGUCACCCUACGGCCUGGGACAUGGGGAACAGAAUGGAUUUUAGGAUCAAAAUGUGCACCAAAGUGAACAUGGACGACUUCCUUACAGUACAUCACGAGAUGGGCCAUAACCAGUACCAGAUGGCUUAUCGAAAUCUGCCCUACCUCUUGAGGGACGGUGCCAACGAAGGUUUCCACGAGGCCGUUGGGGAAAUCAUGUCCCUAUCUGCUGCGACACCCAAACAUCUCAAGAGCCUAGGCCUCCUGUCUUCUAACUUCACUUAUGAUAACGAGACGGAGAUUAACUUUCUGCUGAAGCAGGCGCUCACCAUUGUGGCCACUCUGCCUUUCACCUACAUGCUGGAGGAAUGGAGGUGGCAGGUCUUUGCAGGAAACAUCCCAGAGGAUAAAUGGAUGGAGCGCUGGUGGGAGAUGAAGAGAGAUCUGGUUGGGGUAGUGGAGCCGGUGCCAAGAGAUGAGACAUACUGUGACCCCCCUGCUCUGUUCCAUGUAUCUGGAGACUAUUCCUUCAUCAGGUACUUUACAAGAACCAUCUACCAGUUUCAGUUCCAAAAAGCUCUUUGCCACGCUGCCGGUCAAUCAGAGGUCUUGUCUUCUUGUGACAUUACGGGUUCUACAGUAGCCGGCUCCAAGCUCAGGAACAUGUUGGAGUUGGGUCGUGCCCAGUCAUGGACCAAAGCAUUGCAUACAAUAUCUGGAGAUACCAGGAUGGAUGCAAAGCCUCUUCUGGACUAUUUCCAAAAACUUUACGAAUGGCUGAAGACAGAAAACAUGAAACACAACCAUGCUGUUGGCUGGGAUAAAGCCAUAGAUCCGUAUUCUGAUUAUGCCAUCAAAGUGAGGCUCAGUUUGAAGAUGGCCAUGGGUGCUGAAGCUUAUUCCUGGAACGCCAACGAGCUCUACCUGUUCAAGGCCAGCAUGGCUUACGCUCUGAGGCAGUACUAUAGUCAAAAUAACGAGACGCUUCUCUUCACAUCAGAGAACAUCCUAACUUAUAAAGAAACACCCAGGAUCUCCUUCUACAUGGUGGUUAACAAUCCUAAGACACCCUCUGUUUACAUCCCAAGAGAAGAUGUGAAAGCGGCCAUACGAUUAUCCCGAGGCCGAAUUAACGACGCAUUCCAACUGGACGACACCACACUAGAGUUUGAGGGUAUCCCAGCAACCCUUUCCCCCCCUGUGGAGCAGCCUGUGGAAGUGUGGCUGGUUGUGUUUGGCGUGGUCAUGGGAGUGGUGGUGCUCAUGGGACUCUUCCUUAUCGUCUCUGGCAUCAGGGAUCGCAGAAAGAAGUCUACAAAUGUGGGAGUCGAAAAUCCUUAUGAGUCUGAUGGACAGACUAACAGGGCCUACGAGGACAGUGCUGAUGAACAAACUGGAUUAUGAGGAGUGAGGUCAUUUUCACCUACGAGAGGGAAGGCAAUCACAUGACUUGGUAUCUGUAAAUAAAAUGGCGUUCGCCCACCUUAAGUGUGGCUUACUUACUUUUUAGAUGGACAUAACCAGUGACGUGCAGUCAGGGGAGGCAGGCCUCACCAGUUAUGAUGAAAAAAAAAAUAAAAUAAAUAAUGCAUAAUAUGAAGCAAAUAUUAAUAUUUGUCCAUUGUCCUGUAUUCUGUAAUGUAUGUAUUCUGUAAGUGUAUUUUCUG